AUGGAGCGUGGGCUGCUGCUGGUCCUUGAGGGGCUCGAGGAAAGCCCAGAAUUAAAGAACUACCAGCAUGUCCUGGCAUUUGUAUUUGCUGUGGAAAAAAUAAAUAAGAAUCCCCAUUUCUUACCCAACAUCUCUCUGGGAUUUCGCCUUUAUGACAACUCUUACAGUGGAAGCCAAACCUAUGAGAAUGUCAUCAGCCUACUGUCUGAGAGGGACAAGCUCGCUCCAGUUUAUCUUCCGUUCUAUGGAAAUGGGCUCUCCUAUGCUUAUGGUCAGUCUUCUUAUGACAACAUGAAUACAAAGAAAGUCAAAAUAUUUCCCAACUACAAUUGCCAAGGCCAAAAGAAAAUGGUAGCUGUCAUUGGGGCGCAGACAUCAGAGCCAUCUGUUCAGAUCGCCAAUAUUCUAGGGAUCUAUAAGAUACCACAGCCACUGCAUUCUGUGUGCAGCCAUAAAUGUUCACCAGGCUUCCAGAAGAUAAUUUUGAAGGGCAAACCCAAAUGUUGUUUCCACUGCAAAGAAUGUCCUAGAGGAAAAAUAUCCAACAAGACAGAUAUAGAUUAUUGUGUGGAAUGCAACAAGGAUCACUACCCAAACAAAGGAAGAAAUAAGUGCAUCCCCAAAAGCAUAAUCUUCUUAUCCUAUGAGGAACCUUUGGGAAUCACAUUAGCUUUCACUGCAGUAUUUUUUUCAUUCUUGUCUGCUGUGGUGCUUGGAAACUUUAUCAGAUGUAGAGAGUCUCCAAUAGUUAAAGCCAACAACCGGCAACUCAGCUAUGUCCUCCUCUCUUCCCUCAUACUUUGCUUCCUCUGCUCUUUGCUCUUCAUUGGACGACCAAGUAAAACAAUCUGCAUUCUUCGGCAGACAGCCUUUGGGAUCAUUUCCUCUGUCUCUCUUGCUACAGUCUUGGCUAAAACCAUCACUGUGAUUCUGGCCUUCAAGGCCACAAAACCAGGCAGUGGUGCACGGAAAUGGCUGAGACCUAGACUUUCAUACUUCUUUGUAGUGGUCUGUUCUCUUAUUCAGGUUGUGAUUUGCAUGGUCUGGUUGGGCACCUCCCCUCCAUUCCCAGAUGCUGAUUUCUACACAGAACCUGGACACAUCAUCCUGGAGUGCAAUGAGAGCUCACCCGCUGCACUCUACUCCACUCUGGGCUACUUGGGUCUUUUAGCUUUGGUGAGCUUCAUUGUGGCUUUUCUUGCCAGGAAGCUGCCUGAUGUCUUCAAUGAAGCCAAGUUCAUCACUUUCAGCAUGUUGGUUUUCUGCACUGUCUGGAUAUCCGUCAUCCCAGUCUAUUUCAGCCCCAGUGGGAAAUAUGCGGUGACUGUGGUGAUCUUCUCUAUAUUGGCCUCUAGUGCUGGGUUACUUGGUUGCAUAUUUUUCCCAAAAUGUUAUAUUAUUCUACUCUACCCAAAUAAGAACCAGAAAGCACAUGUAACCAGCAAACGUUUCCAUGGAUUUAAAAAAUGCUAA